AUGGAAAUCCGCCGACGGGUGCCCGCCGGCUACGAUGCCGCGAGCGAGAAGCUUGUUUAUGCAAGCCAGACCGAGACGGUCGAUUUCGAGCCGGAAAAGCUUGAAGUGACAAACCUCGGCUUCCGUCAUUGGUUCCUGCUGGUCGUCUUUGUCGCCGGUAUCUAUGGCGGUGUCAUCUAUUUGCACAGGCGCAUGCCUCCGGUCGUUGACGACGUUCACUUCAACCAGUUUUCCGAGACUCACGCUAGAGCCCUGCUGAAGGAACUGACGGCCAUCGGUCCACGCCCGAGCGGUUCGGAUAGUCUUGAACGUGCCGCCCUUAAUCUACUGCUACGCCAGCUUGAUGCCGUUGAAAGCAAUGUCACCGCGAUCGGCGUCAAUCGCGUCGAGCGUGACGUGCAACGCCCCACCGGAUGCUUCGACCUGAAAUUUCUCUCCAGCUUCACGCUGUGUUAUGAGAAGGUGACGAAUCUGGUUGUGCGCAUUGGAAGCAAGGGAAAGCCAUCUGACAGCGCCCUGUUGUUGAACUGCCACUUCGACACGAUGCCUGAUACGCCUGGAGCCACUGAUGAUGGGGUCUCUUGCGCCAUCAUGAUGGAGAUUCUCAACGUUUUGGCCCAUUCAAAGGAACCGCUUGAAAAUGAUGUUAUUUUCCUCUUCAACGGAGCCGAAGAGAAUUUCCUCCAAGGCGCUCAUGGAUUCAUCGAACAGCACCCAUGGCGUCAUUCUAUCAAGGCCUUCAUCAACCUCGAGGGCACCGGUUCCGGAGGCCGCGAAAUCCUGUUCCAAGCUGGACCAGGAAAUUCAUGGCUGUUGCAAACUUACCUCGAGGCUGCCCCUCAUCCAUUUUGCUCAGUGCUUGCCCAAGAAGUAUUCCAAUCGGGCAUCAUCCCCUCGGACACCGAUUUCCGUAUCUUCCGCGAUCACGGCCGCGUUUCCGGACUGGACAUAGCCUACACCAAAAAUGGAUGGGUCUACCACACCGAAUUCGACGAGGAGUGGCGUAUCGAGCCUGGAGCCAUCCAACGCGCUGGAGAAAAUAUCCUGGCCGUGGUUCGGAAAAUCAUCACCUCCCCCUACCUACGCCAAGCCGCCGAUUUCGAUGAGGGUAAUCGCUGGGUGUUCUACGACGUCAUCGGCCUGUUCACCGUCUACUACACGGUUGCGGCCGCUCAAUGCUUCAACUACGCUGCCGCAUUCUUCGUCGUGGUCCUGGUGGCUUUCCGACUGAGGAAGGGAACUUACGGUUUCUCCGACAUCUUCGAGGCCCUGGUCCACCACUUGCUGGCUUUGAUCGCAAUGGUGUUGACGAUGGUUGCUGUUGUUACGGCGGUGAUCUCCCUGGACAUGGUGAUGUGUUGGUACGCUCUGCCCGAGACAAUCGGCGGUCUCUACGUGCUUCCCAUGCUGAUCGCCGGCGCUGCCACGCAUUCGUAUUUUGCGUCGACGACCAAGAUGCGCUCCGCUGAAAUGGCCCACUGCGACUCGGUGCUGCUGGUCUUCGCCUUCCUCCUGUUCGUGAUGACUGCCUCGAAAAUCGCGUCGGCUUUCUUCAUCUUCAACUACGUGCUCUUCCCGCUUCUGAAAGACCCGCUCAUCUGUCUGCUGGGCAUCUUUGGCAUUGUUGAGCACGUCACUCCAAAAGUCGUAUUCUACGCCCAAAUGGUCUGCUAUGCGCCGAUAAUCGUCUUCGCCGUCUAUGCCAUCUCGCAGUGCGUCGACUUCUUCGUGCCGGUGAUGGGCCGCCUCGGCAACGCCGUCAACCCCGAGCUCGUCAUGGCCCCUCUCGCGCUCGUCAUCGCCUACACGUUCAUCCUCUUUACGUCUAACUUGAUCUACAUAUCGCGCAAGAUGAACUACCUGAUCAAGCUGGCCCUGUGCGGGUUCUUGUUGUUCUUUGCCUGCCUGUCGAUGACGUCGCUCGGCUUCCCGUACAAGUAUUCCCAUGAGAACCCCAGACUUCGCCGGAUUAUUGCGCUGCAUGCCUCUCGUAGCGUCCACGACUUCUCGGGUGCCCGUACUGCUCAUGACACCGGGCUCUUCAUCCAAUCCUUGGACUAUCGCGGUGUGGCUGACCUUCCAGCCCAUUCUUUCCUCUCGGGCAGCGAGCCUCCAAAUUGCGAUCAUACCAAGGACGAAUAUUGUCAGCUGCCCUAUUAUACGGCCAUCCAUGAACUGUUCCCACCAAGUCACUCCCGCUGGAUCGCCGUCCCCGCCUACCCCAAGGUCCCGUACCCUAUCGAUGUGAAGCUGGUGGACCGCGAGCGAGUCGGCGACACGAAGCUGCGCCUCUAUUUUGAGCUUCGCGGCGGCUACGACAAGAUGUCGCUCCACGUGACCCCGCUCGGCAACUACGAGCUGUCCACCUGGUCGUUCACCCCGAUGAAUUUGGAGACGUUCGGGCGCCGCACCACCUACUUCGUCUUCAUGACGUACGGCGCCGAGCGCCCUGAAGUUCGGAAGUUCUGGAUUGAGCUUGAGGAUAACAAGUCGGCCACGCUGCCCGAUCACGAGAAGGAGCCGAGUCUUGAGCUGGCAGUGGCUUCACAUCAUGCUCAUGGUCCUCACCAACACUCCGAGACGCUGAUGCAGCUCCGCGAGUUGAUCAAGAGCCGUCGUCAGGGCCCGCAACAGGCCAUCGGCUGGUGGCGUUGGGGCAUCACCAUGGUUGGCGGCAACUCGGAGAUCGUCAUCCACAAAUAU